AGUCAGAAUUGAAUAUAUUUGUCUAAAAGGUCAAAAAAAAUUUAUGAUUUUAAUUUUUUUUUUAAAUUUUUAUGCCGUAAAGAAAAUAUUUCGAUUUAUUUAUUUUAAUAGCAAAAAAAAUUGUCCCUAGACUAACAGAAUAUAAUUCGAGUCAAUAUUAUCUAGAUAAGAGAAAACUAAAUUUAUUUCGUAGCAUUUGAUGCAAAAAAAAAAUUACAAACUUUAUUUCAGCGAACUCUUAAUAUUGUAUUUAUCACAAAAUAAUUCUGCACAAGAACAAAUAUACUUCCGGUUGUUUAAAGAAUUCUGACCCACUCUAGAGAAAAGGACAAAAAUUUUAGGUUAUGUUUCCUUUUUGUAUAAAAGAAAUACGGGAAAUACGUAAACUAGGAAAGGAUGGAACUUACAAAAAUGGAACCAAACCGGUAUUGUUUGCAAAUUUAAUAAAUUGUAAUAAUUCUUCUGCCACUUACAUCGGUGAAUUAAAACGUAGUAUGGAAAAAAGAAUCAAGGAACAUACGGAAACGAGAUGCAUGAGAUAGAAAAGAACACAAAUAUAUCUCUGUCCUUUUCUACCUCAAGGUUUGAAAUUAUUGUGCACUGACCUUAAAUUUUCCAAGAAUCGAAAUAGAGCAUAACGGAACAUAACCUCGAAUUGCCUAUCUCUAUAGCGUGUCAAAUAACUAAUUUUUGAAAGAAAACUGCGAACACUGCCAUAACUCAUUUAAAAAAACAAUCAAAACGUAAAAAUAAAGAUCAAUUUUUUAUUUACUUGUGAGUCUUCCAUUACUUUACGUUCGUUAAAGUGAUCUGUUGAAGCUAUCCUCAUAAAAAUGUCGAAAGCGUCCCCCGCCUCAAUGGACAAUAUAAAUAUAUAUAAAUAUACACGUAUACAAACUUUAGCCAUUAACCUCAAAAAUUUAGCCCGCAGAGAAUGUGGCAUAAAACAAAUGUGACGCUAAUGUAGAUAAAAGUAUUAAAAUUAAUGAAAAUACUUUAUAAAACGUAUGUGCUAAGAAAAAAUGGCUAAAAUUUACAGAGAAACAAAUAUCCUAAAUAGUGCAAUUUUUUUUUAUUAUAAAUAAAAUAAUCAAAGUGCCAAAAUUAUUAAUAAUAUGCCUUAAAAUGAUACUCGCACAACGAAACGUAAUAAUAGACAAAAACGUAUUAAUAAAGAAAUUCUUAAAAUAAAGAGUCCGUAUAAACGUCAAUUAUUAAGGUACCGUCCCAUGAUGGCGUGAAAGCGUCGGCGUAAAGCGUAAACCAUGUGAGUGAGUGAGAACGUGAUAUCUGUUCAUCUCUUUCUAUCGCACGAUUUCUGCUUUACGCCGACGCUUUUACGCCGUCAUGGGACGGUACCUUUAAUCGUUUAUUAAGGUCUGUCCAUACUGUCUUUUUGUUUCAAAAACAGAAAGAAUGAGAUACGUCCUUCCUUUUCUAACUCAUUAUUACCUUUUCUCAAUAAAAAAAAUCUAUUUUGGACAGUCCUUUAAACAAUACGUUGAUUAUUAACAAUUAUUGUUCAACAAUAUUGUUAUUGACAAGAAUGACAGCGAUAUUUAAAUUUUCAAGUCAAGAAAAAAAAUGAAAAAAAAGCCGGCGAUACGACAUCGACAGAUUUGAAAAUUGUGCCUCGUAAUACAUUUUUUUUUUAUAAAUAUUGUAUAACAUUUACAACUGGGAAUUUUGUUAUGAAUGUUUACGUAACUUUGUCAUUUAAAUUAUCCUAAUUACAGUUUUUGUAAGAGUUCAAAAAUUAUAGGAAUUGUUAAACAUAACCUAAAAUUUUUAGUGGCUUUUAAUUUUUAGUGCAACAAAUUUUAAAGGGGCAUUCAUAACAAAAUUUUCACAAUAAUUAUAUUAAUAAGAAAGAAUUUAGACUGUAAUAACCUUUCGAUCAGCAGAAAUAAAAUAAAUAAAAAAAAAAACAAGAAAUUUAUAUCAAUUAGAUAAUAAAAUUGUCCAAUAGGAAAAUUUUUCAUUAGGCUACAACCAAAAAAAUGUAUUAGCCGCAAUGCAAGUGCAUAUAAAAUAUAAAUAAAAUAAAAUUGUAAUAUUUGAAUAAUAUACAAUAAGACUUGAUUAGACUCUGGAAUCUCUGGAUAUAUAAAUAUCGUAAUCAAUUUAUAAUGAUGAUGAAGAUGAUGAUGAAAUAAUACACAAAAAAAAUUGCACAAUAAUUAACAUUCCGACAAACUCAGCUCAUCUACAUUUCUUUUAAAGUAUUCGUAAUAAUAUUAUAAAUAAAAAGUAUUUGUAUAUUUUAGUAUAGAAAAAAAAGUAUAUUUAUUAUUGCGAGACCUUAUCACCUGUAAAUUAUUCAAUAUUCCUACACUUUUUUUAAUCUGUUUCAAAAUUUUCAAUUUCUUGCAAUCAGUUAAAAGGGUUAGAAGUUUAGAAAUUUUUGUCAAUUUGUAGGUUAUGUUUUCCAAAUCGUUAUUACAUACCAUGUACAUACCUUUUUUAUUGUCUAAUUUUUAACCAAAAUACAACUUUAAAUUGUUUAAAAUUGUUCUUUAUGUACAUAUAAUAACAACUUAUUGACAAAUCAAUGACAAUAUUUGCAACUAAAGUUCCUUAAUUUGAAAUAUUUAAAAUUAUAAAUAAUAGAAAUGAAGCAAUUGUGCAUAGGCCUUUAAGUUUUUGGUGAUGUUAACUACCCAACCUUGGAAAUUUUCCGUUUCCGGAAAUUUCAAGUAGCAAGGUUGGGCAGUCGGUUUUGGAAACUUACAUUGUCGUUAAACAAUAAACCCAAUAAACGUACAUAAUAAAUAAGGAAUUCCCCCCUUUUUAUUCGUGACAAAAAUUUUAAAUACAAAAACGAAGUGAGAGUAGUAAAUAAAAUUAAAAUGCGACUGCCAAAUACAAAUUCGUUGCAGUUACGAAAAGUAUUCAGUGUACUAAACAUUAAGCUAUUUUUAAAACACAAUGUUUUUGGAAAUUCUCCUCGGCUUCUCCGAUAUUUUUAUUCUAAUCGUAACGUCUUUUUUUAUUAUUUAUUUAUUUCAAACAAAAUGGAUUCGACUUGUCAAGUUAGCCGUUACAUUACCGGGUCCUUUCGCCUAUCCAUUAAUUGGAAAUGCUUUUAAUUUCGCCUGCAAACCGGAAGAAUUAUUGGAACGUGCGGUAAAAAUUGUUAAACCUUAUGUUAAUUUAACACCAAUAAGAUUGUGGCUAGGUCCAAUGUUGUGUGUAAUUAUCACAAAACCACGAGAUCUAGAGAUAAUUUUAAAUAGUCCGAAAGCGAAUAAAAAGGGAUUUUCUUAUCAAUUUUUGAAACCGUUCAUUGGAGAAGGCCUCAUCAGUGGUUCGGGACCAAUAUGGAAAUCACAUCGAAAAAUUGUUGCCCACAUAUUGACGCAAAAAGUUCUCGACGAAUUUUCAAGUGUCUUUGAUCGACACAGUAAAAUUUUAAUGAGAGAAUUAAAAUCAUUGGCCGAUGGAAAAGAAAUUGAUAUUCUCGGACCAAUAGAACUUUGCACUGCCAACAUUGUUUGUGAAACUAUAAUGGGACGUGAUGACAUCGAUUCAUUAGUUGAUUCUAAUAAGGAAUUUUUACACUAUUCUGCCGAAAUGUACCGAGUGGUUCACGAUCGAGUGAUGAAAGUUUGGCUCUAUCCUGACUGGAUUUUCAAAUUGACGGAAAACUACAAAAUACAUUCGAAAGGACGUGAAGUUUUGGGCAAUUUUGUAAAACAAUGCAUAAAAAUAGUAAAAAAGAGACGAUUACGUGGAGAGAAUAGAAAUUCAAUUUUAGAUCGAAUUUUGAAUAUUUUGGAGACAUCGGACAAUGGAAUGACCGACGAGGAACUGAAAGAUGAAAUGAUAACAAUUUAUUUAGCGGCUCAAGACACUUUAGCGGUAAUUUCAAGUUUUGCAAUUUUAAUGCUGGGAAUUCAUCCGGAAAUUCAGGAAAAAGCGAGAAAUGAAGUGACAAAAAUUCUUCAAAAGAAUAAUUCGAUUGAUGGAGAUAAACUCUCGCAAUUGAAAAUUGUUGAUAAAAUUAUUAAAGAGACUCUUCGAUUGUUUCCCAUUGCGCCGUUAAUGGCACGAACAGCGAUGGACGAAAUAAAAUUGGAUUCGUGUACAAUACCAGAAAGUUGUCAAAUAAUUUUAGUGCCAUUUUUAACGCAAAGAAAUGCGGAGUAUUUUUCUGAACCGGAAAUAUUCAAUCCAGAGAGAUUUGAUCCAGUGCAAGCUGCAGAGCGUCAUUCUUAUUCAUUUAUUCCCUUCAGUGCCGGUCCAAUGGGAUGCAUUGGUCAACGUUACGCAAUGAUGAGUUUAAAAACAAUAAUUUCCAAUUUUCUUCUCUUUUACAAAAUCUCAUCGCAAUGUAAAAUGGAGGAAAUUAAACUCAAAACUGAUAUUUCCAUUCGGUCAAAAAAUGGUUAUAGAGUUUCGCUAAAGCCAAUUUAAUGAUGAAAGAAAAAAAAAUUGGUAACAAUUGUAAUAUUGUUAAAUAUUAAUCAAAAGAAAGGCCACGAAAAUAAA